UUAAAUAAAGGUUAAAAAAAAAUCUGUAGGGUACAUGGGCCUGUUCUGAGAUGCGUACAGUAUGUGUGUUUUUUUCUGAGUUACAUGUUUUAGCUGAGAGGUCAGAGGUCAGUGCCAGUUUGCGUCCCAAAUGGAACCCUGUUCCCUAAGUAGUGCAGACCCAGUAAUUGUUGACUGAAGGUGUGUGCCACAUCAUAUUCACUAGAAGAUCAAGUAUUACCCUUCUCUGGUUCUGCCCUGCUAUUGGUGCGGUGAGGAGGGGGAAAAGGCCAGAUAACCAAUGAGAGUGCCUAGAGGAGGGUGACCCUCAACACAGGUAGCUGUCCGACAAUCUACGUCACCUUUACUCUGAUAAAGAGUGGACAGCAGUGAGCUACAGAGCUGCAUGCCCAUUUUCACUGUGAUCCUGACAUUGUGUGUCUCUAUGGGUUUGUCUCUCCUCUGAUCCUGCUUAAGUCCCCCACAGUAGACAGGAUGUUGAACCUGAAGGAGCUGUGUAGGGGCCUGCCCCUGGACCCAAUGACACCCAACCAGGGCCGGGACCCCAAUGAGCCACACGCACCCGUCCGGACGCCCAACCUCACUCCAGAGGAGGAGAGGGGUAGGAGGAGACAGUGUUGGUUCACCCCCUCAGAACCUUCUAUCAGCUUCACUACCGUUUGCCAGAACUGGGAGCAAAGGACACUGUCAACGAUUAAGAGAGAUACGACUGGCCCUGAGGAAUGACCUGCGCUACCCCCCUUCCUCCCACAACAACAUCCUGGCUUCUGAAUUUGCCUGGGAGCUCAGGCAGUAUGGACACAUCUUCAUGUACCGCUUCUGCCCUCUAAUACAUAUUAGGGCCUACCCUAUAGAUCAGUAUCCCUGUCGUACACGCCAAGCUGCCUCCAUCAUGCUCAUCAUCAUGAAUAACCUGGACCCUGCAGUUGCCCAGGUAACCACCACUCUCACAUACUGUACAUGGCACACAACAGUUCACUUCUCAUUUCUGAUUUAACUAAAACAAUGUAUUAAUCCACCGAAGUCACUCUGUCUAUUGUUGCUUUAUCAUCUUCCCGUGCUCUGCUCUCCAGUUUCCCCAGGAGCUGGUUACCUAUGUGGGGAAUGGACAGGUGUUCAGUAUCUGGGCCCAGGUAAGGACAGAGCACGUGAGUAUGAUGGUAUUACAGUAUGUAGGUAUCUGUGUGUAAUAAUGUGUGUGUAAUUUUACUUGUACUGUGUGGAAACACAUUCGUUGCUAUAUACAGUAUCUUUGUGUGUAUGUGUGAGUGGGUAGAUCCGUCUGGUGAUGCACUACCUGAGUGAGAUGACAGAGGAGCAGACUCUUGUCAUGUACAGUGGUCAUCCAUCAGGGCUGUUCCCCAGCCUGCCCUCCUCCCCCCAUGCCAUCGUCACCAGUGGCAUGGUAACCACACAUCCCUCCCUUCGCCUAUCCUCCCUUCUCUACAGCAUUUCAAUUAGAUGCUGUUUUUCCGUUACCAUUUAGGUUUUCCCAGUUUGAUUUGGAAUAGUCCAUGGCACCACGAUUAGUCCUAACAGUCAACAGUAGAGGGCACUAACCCCUUUGUAAACUCACAUUGACAUUGUCUUAAAGGGAGACUUUGGGAUUUUGGCAAUGGAGGCCCUUUAUCUACUUCCUCAGGUAGAUGAACUCGUGGAUAUAUAUUUUUUUGUCUCUGGGUGCAGUUUGAAGGAAGUUGCUAACUGGCGUUAGCACAAUUGAUAACUAGCGUUAGCGGAAUGACUGUAAGUCUAUGGUAACUGCUAGCAUGCUAGUAGAUACCAUGGACUUCCAGCCAUUGUGCUAAUGCUAAUCAGCAUUGGCUCGCAAAACUAUAUCUAACUUCCUUGCAGAGACAUAAAUCCUUGCAGAGACAUGGGCUGCGGACCGUCGCUGGAGACUCCGGGCU